CAGUUGCGUGGAACGUCAUUUUUGUUAAUUUUGAAAUUUGAUGUUAUUUCGUUUUUCAAAAUAGUAUUUAUUUUGCUACUAUAAAGCUAGCAGAAAUGUCUGUUGAUUCCUAUGAUUGCUAUUUUCUGUACCAACCUGAACCACAACCUGAACCACAACCUGAACCCCAACCUCAACAACAACAGCAACAUCAACAUCAACAUCAACAACAGCAACAACCACAACCACAACCACAACAACCACAACAUCAUCACAACUCUCACCAUGAACAUAGUAACAGUGAACCUGUGCAUAGUAGUGAUAAUUUAACUGUGUCCAAAAAGAUACAAAAUGGUAAAAAAACGAAAGGUCGAGUUAAGAUUAAAAUGGAAUUUAUUGCCAACAAAUUGAAACGUUACACAACAUUCAGCAAAAGAAAAUCAGGAAUCAUGAAAAAGGCCUUUGAACUAUCCACUUUAACUGGAACUCAAGUCAUGCUGUUGGUAGCAAGUGAAACUGGUCAUGUUUAUACUUUUGCCACCAAAAAAUUAAAACCAAUGAUAACAAGUGAUACUGGUAAAUCGUUGAUUAAAACUUGUCUAUUCACACCUGAACCACAAGCCAAUGGUUAUGAUCCUAGAAUGUCAUCAACUGGUUACGAAGAAACAGAAUUAAGCUAUUCUGUCAACGAUGAUUCGUCUGAAAAGGAUGAAGAUUCAUCUUCCUCUCAGGAUAUUUUCGGAUCGUCAGGAGGGAUCGGAAUAUCAUCUAACUCACCAAUCAGUAGUAACAAUAAUCCAACAUGUUCAUCUGGACCUUCGAAAGGCUCUAUUUACCAUAACAGUAACCAUCAACAGGUCCAGCAUCAUCAGCAACAGCAACAGUCACCCUCUUCAUCAACAACUGCACUUGCAUUAACAUCAACGGCCAACAAUUUAACCUCAUCGUCUUCACCAUGUUCAUCCCUUACAAAUGGAUCUUCAAGUCCAUCACCAAGCCUAUCAUCAAUUGGAUCAACACUUCCAAUAUCAUUUAUGCCCGCUGCUUGUUCAACGGCAUCAUCAGUACCAAUGACCACAAAUCUUUCACCAUCAGUUACAUUAAUUGAGACAGUCUCGACAUCAUCAUCUUCAUCCUCAUCUUCACCCUCGUCUUUACCACUCAAAUUAACCACAACGAAUCCAAUUAGCCGAUCAAUUGGGUUGACCAAUAAUCACAAUAUUACCAGCAAUGCUAGUCAAAAUAAUAAUACGGGAACAACUUUCACUGCCGCUAUUUUAGGGGGAAUUUUACCUUCAUCAGCUUUAUUAAAUGGAAGUUCAAAUUAUCAAGACAAUCAUGGUGCAUCUGGAACAAUUAAUCCAACAACUCUUUACAAAUUACCCGAUUUCACUUCAUCUUUAAGUGACCCGAGAUUGUCUUCAAAAAUGUCAUCGCCUUUGUUCAACACUGGAAGUGUUGUCCUCUGUGCCAACCAAACAUCUAGUAACAAUGGAUUAAUGUACCAUACGCCUCAAGGAGUUGUCUAUGCAACAGCAGCUAAUCCUAAUUCAAUGUUACCCGAGAGUUUGAUCCUUAAUUUUGGUCAAAAUUUGAGUCAAGCAGCAGUUGCUCAUAACAUUUCUGAUCAAAAUAAUAUAAGCGAGACCAAUGAAUCUAAUGGACGACGUCGGAACCAAAAUGAGUUUAUUUCAAAUCAAUCUAACCAUAAUCCCGUUAAAUCUUAUAAAAGUGGUGCUUUCAAAAAGUCUCGGAAAUCUAUUUAAUGCUCAAAUGCUAUGAAGUUACCCUUUCUAUACUUAUGGAUGUGCCUUUCAAGUUAUAUUCAAGUUGGUUUUGAUGAAAUAGUCUAGUCUCAAGAUGAAAAUAAUUUCAAAGAAAACUGGUUCAAAUGAACUUAUUAUUUUGUCUUCAAGUUAAAACCAAUGAGAACCGUUGAACAAUAUUGUAACUACAUGUUGAUAGUUGAUUGUGAACAAUAUUUGCAUAAAUGUUUCGUUUUUUCUUUGUUCGCCCAUUUGUUUUGUUUUUCUGGAUUCAAUUGAAAAGAUUGACGAUAAUUUAAUCUUCAUUAUUAUAAAAGAUCAAUGGUUGAAUCAAAUAAAUCAAUGUUUUUUGCUUUCCAA